AUGCUGGGGUUUCGGCCAUUCCAAGUGGCCAAGCGGAAGGCGAAGGUGUACAUGCCGUUGAAGGCGUCGAGGCGGGACAUUGAAGACGGCGACUACGACGAGAAGGACUGGGAGAGCGACAACGAUAGCGACGAGCCCGACACACCGUCGUCGGACUCUUCACGGCAUACUUCGGCCUCAUACGACCCAAACCCGAACAACAUCGAAUCACGGCCUCUCGCGCCUAACGGGCGGUCACCACCAUCACAUCGGAGAACACAGUCACGGCCCAAGCUCAGCCCGUACAGCUGCCGCAACCCGCGAGCAUGCACGAGAUACUUUGGGCUGGCCAUAGCGGGCACGCUCUUCUUCUUCGCCUGGUUCCUGUACAGCAGCAGCUGGCACUCGAUACGGACCGCCGAGUCGGGCAUACACAAGUCACCGCCACCGCCGCCCGUGUGGGAGAGCUUUCCCUUCCUGAAGCGCUACCACGGCGGCAUACGGACUUUGAAGUCGCGGGACCAGAACACGCCCGAGUACCCAACUAAGCAGGACAUCGAGCCAGAUCUGCCCGUGGAGGAGGUUAAGAAGGAAGCGCCCGUGAAGAGGGCAGAGGGAGCGCAAAUCCCCGACUCGUCCAGCUUCGACCCAUACCCAGCCUACAGCAGUGCCUCCUACCUCGACGAAUACGCCGCAGUCGAAACAUGCUACCUCGACGCAAACAACACGAUUCAGAUCCCUGCGACGAGAGCGUACAACGGCGUGACAGACGGCAUGCCGGACAAUGUCAUGGGCAGCUACGACGUGCUGGGCCUGAGAAACGAUGUCUGCUUUGAGCGAUUCGGCCGUCUCGGUCCGUAUGGACUCGGCUACAGCAAGAGAAGAGGAGGCACCGGCGCCGCCAUGGAGGGCGACCGCGAGGGCGUCGAGCAGGUGUGGAAGAACACGCCCGAAGUCGACUACCGGGAAGUACAAUGGGCUGAGGUCAUGCAUCGCUGCUUGGAGAAGAACAAGGCGCGUUUCAUGUCGACCGAGACGGCUCUCGAGAACUCGUUCCAGGCCAUGGCUACCAGCAAGCGCGACCUCGCCAACACCACCAAAGAGCGAACACCCGAUGCCGCGCCCAAGAAGCUGCUACACCGCACUGCAGUCCUCGUCCGAACAUGGUCAGACUACAAGUACGACGACGAAGACAUCAUGUACCUCCGCGCGCUCAUUGCCGAGCUUAGCGUCGCUUCUGGCGGCGAGUACCAGGACGACAACAAGCAAAUCUGGGCCGAUGAGAAGGUGUACGCUGAGGUGCUCAAAAACGCUCUCCCAGAAGAGUUCGUCGGCAUGGGCACGCUCUGGUCAGAACGCCAGAUGAGCCUCAUCUACGGCGGCAUCUUCGACUCGAAAUUCCGCGACCUUCCCGUCCACGGUGCUUACAGGAGCGCGUACAUGCCCGUCACCUACUUCGCCCACCAACACCCAGAGUUCGAGUACUUCUGGAACUGGGAGAUGGAUGUGCGCUACACCGGUCACUACUACCAUCUGUUCGAGCAGGUCUCCAAAUGGGCUACAGCUCAGGCCCGCAAGGGUCUCUGGGAACGCAACUCUCGCUUCUACGUACCAUCAGUCCACGGACCUUGGGAAGACUUCAAGCACAUGGUCCGCGUCCAAACAGAGCAUGGCACCAACAACCAAGCCAACAGAUGGUCAUCACACCUUCCCCCGAACCCACACGUCCCCGAGACCAAAGUUCAAAAACCAGAAAAGCCAAUCUGGGGCCCCGACCUCCCCCAAGACUACCCCGACAUCGAAAUCGACGAAGCGGUCAAGCCACCCCAUGCCAUGAUUGAAGACGUCCCCGGACAAGAAUGGGGCGUCAACGAACCCGCCGACCUCAUCGUCUUCAACCCGCUGUUCGACCCCGACCAAACAAACUGGCUGCUCGCCAACGACGUCACCGGCUACGAAAAGACGCACGGCAUGCCCCCUCGCCGCGCCGCAAUCAACACCUCAGGCCGCCUCAGCCGCCGCCUCCUCGAGACCAUGCAUCGUGAACAAACACACUUCCGCCACACCAUGUUCACCGAAAUGUGGCCCGCGACCGUCGCCCUGCACCACGGGCUUAAAGCUGUUUAUGCGCCGCACCCAGUCUUCAUCGACCGCAAGUGGCCGACGCAAUAUCUCGCUGCGAUAUUCAACAACGGGCGCAACGGCGCGGCUGGCGGUGCGAAAAUGAGCGUGUUCAGCGACGAGAGGCAGCAUAACUUCUUAGGUACUACCUGGUACUAUAACGCUGGUUUCGCGCCAAAUCUUUGGAAGAGGUGGUUGGGGUAUAAGGUUGAUGGGGAUGGAGGGGAGGAAGAGGAGUUGGCGGGUGAGGGGAGGAUGUGUUUGCCGGGCAUGUUGUUGCAUCCGGUGAAGCAGGUAGAUUUGGUGCAGGAGAGGGUGGAUGAGUCGUUGUGA